UCUUCAUAGGCACUGCAUCAUCAUAGGCACUGACUGCAUUGCCAGGGUAUCCYCACGGUCUUCCUUGCACAAGGCGGCGAUAUUUCUGGGCCAAGUCAAAUCCACCGAAGAAAAUUCAGAAAGGGCGUCGUUUUUAAAGCACGUUGUUUUUUUCGAACAACGGCUGUGUUGUUGUCUUGGUAYUGAAAAUACAAGCAGUAACUAGCUAGCUGGUUCAGUUCAAUACUUUUUUYCCAGUUCAAUAACGUUACUUGUGUUGCAAAACAGACGUGGCUAACGUUACGCAUUUAUACUAAGAAGCUUACACUGUAUAGGAAAUGGAAAACUUGGAUUUCUCGGAAGAUGAAAUUCAACAACAAUUGGAGGCACUUGGUUACAACAAAAUACCAAAACACAGACUACGUGAAUUCAAAAGAGAUCUAGRUGAACUGAUCCGACAUGAAAAAUCUAAGAGCCACUCRUCCAGUGAAUUGAACUCGACAAGAUCUCAAAGCACCAUCUUCAAAAGUCCUCCUGCAGUCACCAAGGUUAAAGUACAGGAUAACACUGCAGCCUUCAGAAAUGUGUUUGCCCAGGAUGGUCCAUCACACCAUGAAAGACGGGUGCUAACCUCCACAUACAGCAGAGACAACAGUAACUAUGGUGCCAGACAGGAGUAUGACUCCUACACUCAGCACUCUGUUGCCCCCAAGUACCAGCGCCCCUCAACAGCCCCUAAUAGGCUGGAAGUGGAUCCAGRCCUAACUGACCUCCAGCAGUUAUCGUUCUCUGUCAGUCAGUCAUCCACACCAGACCGAGACACAGGAGCGCAUGGGAGACCCUUUAUCAAGAGGAAAGUCCUUAGGUGCGGUAAGUUUACAUCAGGCGGCUUUGUAAAGACUAUAAUGAUCACUCAGUGGGAUGAAGAGAGUGAGGACGGGAAUAGCUCCCUAAACUCCACUUUCUGGUCCGACGGAGAGGGGGAGGAGGAGGAGGAGAAGGUUGAGCAAUACAAGCAGGAAGAUACAGAGCCCAACAGAACCACUGAACACACACAAGAGGAGCCACCUGUCGCAAAGCCACCUGUCACGGAGCGUCCAAAGGAAACCGAACAGGAGGAGUGUAGAGGAGAAAGGGCUAAGCAGGGUGAAAAGGAAAAGAUUGACGAGGAGGGUUACAGCACUCGUGAUGGGAGCCCGGCGCUGAGCUUACUGACAUCUGGUUAUGGCACCUACAGGCCGGACUCUUCAGCUAAUGAUGACCCGGAGGGAGAAGACUAUAGAGACGACAGUACCAUAGCUGAGUUUGACAGAGAAAGCCAGGGCCUUUCUGAGAUGCGAUAUGGCGAUGAGGAUGACCAGUCGCUCGCCAAUUUUGAUGGUGACGGUAAGGAGGAUACCACUGAUCUACAGAGCUGUGAGGACACCGGUUUGAGGACGAAGUUGGAAGAAAGUCAAAGCCUCUCUAAUAUGGCAUAUUGUGAAGAUCAUCCUCCUGUUGAAUUGGAGAGCAAAGACCGCACUGAUGUGAACUACUGUGAAGACRACUAUACAUUGGCUCAGACUAAAAAUGACAAGGCAGUAUUAGAUGGGAUAUAUCCUGAAGAAAGUUCUCUCACUGAGUCCAAAGACAACGAGAGGCCCGCUGGAGAAGGAUAUAGUGAGGAAGACUCUGACAGGAAAGAUGAGAAAGGAGCAGAGGAUGAGCAGGAGUGGGAGGAUUUGCAGUCGCUGCAUUGCUUAUGGCCUUACACAGUGGUAACUAAGGCUAACGUGUUGUGUCCCCAUUAUGUCUCCCUUUCAGGUGCAGUGAGUGGGCUGGGGGAGCRUCUGGGAGGGGUUCAUGUGUCCAUGUCCACCCAUCAGGAGUUGGAGCUGGAGAGUGAUGAAGCAGGCAGUCUGAGUGACAGGUCGGAGUCGGACCGUCUCCCAAGUGCCUUCAAAGCCUACAUCCGAGGCAUGGCCAGAUCUGGGAGUGAGAUUGACAUCAGACCCCAGCCCAAGUCGUUUAUCCGCCCAGUAAUGGAUCAUCCUCACACCAGAAAUCUGAAGAAGACUGACCCAGUGGCAAAGUAUUUCCAGUACAAGCAGGACUGGGAAAUGUUCAAGGCGCCAGGAGAGAAGGAUAGAAAAGCACUGCACUGGGAAAUCAGGGAACAGCUCGCGUACCAACCUCUACCACCGAAGCCUCGAAGAGUAUUUGUGCCCAACACCUACGUGGUGCCUACAGAGAAGAAACGCUCCGCCCUGAGAUGGGAAAUACGACAUGACUUGGCCAAUGGACUCCUACCGCCAAUCAACUAUCGACUCUAGGCCUUAUGUACUUUACGCCUAAAAUAGGCUCUUUUAAUCACCAGUUUGCAUAUCUUAUCAUUGACAUUUAUUUAUUCAAAAGUUUUUAUUGAACAUAUUAAAAGGCAUGACAAACAUUUGGA